AUGGAAAAUAUUCUUUUAAUAAAUCUAUUAGGCAAACGAUUUUCUAUACCAUAUAGAAUAGUUGCUAAUUAUCCUGAAACAUUACUUGGUAAUAAAUUAUUAUUAUUAAAAUAUUAUCGUAAUGAACUCAAUGAUUAUUAUUUUGAGCGAAAUCCAUUAUUAUUUCCAUAUAUUUUAACAUAUUAUACAUUAGAAAAAAAGAUUUUUUGUCCACAUAAUAUUCCUAUUGAUUUAUUGAAGCAUGAAUGUCAAUUUUUUCAAUUAACUAAUCCAACAAUUUAUCAUGCAAUAAAUAAAAUUGAAACCUAUCAAUAUUUUCAAGAAAAAAAAUUUUUUCAAAAAAAUCAUUCUUUUAUUAAUAUAAUUCUAUUUCUAAUUAGUCUUUUAUUUAUGUUAACAACAAGUAUGGAAACAUUAAAUACGAAUUCAUUAAAUCUAACAUGGUCAUUAUCAUAUUUUAUUGAAUUAUUUAGUACAUUUUUUUUAACAACAAUUAUUGUUUAUCAAAUAAUUUAUAAAAAAGAAUUUUUUCGAAAUAAAUAUUUUCUUAUAGAUUUAUUUUCUACUAUAUUAAGUAUAAUAUUAAUUGCUAGUCAAAAUUUAAUUAUAAUUACAAAUUAUUAUCGGUUGAAUAUUUUAAUUCUAUCAUUAAAAACAUUACGUUUAUUCAUUGUUAUUGCACAUUUACGUAUAUUAAGAUUAAUUAUUCUAACAUUUAUUCAACGAUUCGAAACUAUUUGUAUAUUAGUAUUUAUUAAUAUUAUUAUAAUAGGUUCAUUAAGUGAGAUAACAUUUGCAUUUGAACGACGACAACAAGAAGAUCAAACUAAUCAAACAACAAUGAAAACUCAUUUUGAUGCAUUCUGGUGGGCAACUUCACUCAGUUUUACAAUUGGUUUUGGACAUACAGAUGCACAUUCAACAUUGACAACUAUUGGAAGAUUUUGUAGUUAUAUGUUGACAUUUUUUGGUGUACUUUUUAAUGGUCUCAUAUUACAAGAAUUAAUUAAAGGAUUUCUAAAAAUAUAUCGAGAAGAUACACAAUAG